AUGCCCGUUCUCAUUGAGAAGGACCCCAGUCCACUUACUCCCCAAGAUUCAGCCAACGGGCACGGAGGUAAGGAGAGCGCGACUUCCCAAGGCCAAAGCCAGCCAGCAGAGGAAGCCGGCUUGAGUUCAAGACAACUCAACGUGCUCAAGAGAAAACGCAAGAGAGAGCUGCAAAAGGCUGCCCAAGGAAAAGGUGGUUUCGGAGACUUGUCCAUCAGAAGGACUACAACCGCGGGCUCCGAAGGAUUUGACGACACACCAAUGCCCGAUGCCGAUUCUAAGCAAAAGAACGGUAAAGUCAACGACUACUUCAACCUGGAGAGACCGGCCGAUGUCGAUGAGGAGACAAAGGUUGUCAGUGAGUUCAAGGGUCCGGUGAUUCAGAUUAAGUCUGAAAUUGAAGUGGAUGAGACUAUGGAAGGUGCGGAAUGGCCAUACGAUCGGCUCUGCGAUUUCCUGAAAGUGGAUCUUUUCGAUCCAUCUUGGGAGACACGGCAUGGGGCCGCUAUGGGUAUCCGAGAAGUCAUUCGCGUUCAUGGAGCUGGAGCUGGCCGAGUGCGCUCCAAGUCUCGGGCGGAGAACGACCGUCUGAACCAGGCUUGGCUUGAAGACUUGGCUUGCCGACUUUGCUGCGUCCUGAUGCUGGACAGAUUUACUGAUUACAGCUCUGACACCUCUGUUGCGCCGAUUCGCGAAACUAUCGGCCAAUCCCUAGGAUCAGUCCUUCGGCACGUUCCGGCAGACUCGGUUCACGGAAUUUACAAGAUUCUCUACCGCAUGGUCAUGCAAGAUGACCUACAUCUUGAAAUGCUUCAAUGGUCAGUCUGCCAUGGUGGCAUGGUUGGGUUGCGAUAUGUUGUUGCCGUCAGAAAAGACCUUCUCCUGGAGGAUGGCGAGAUGAUUGAUGGAGUCGUCCGCCUGGUUAUGAAGGGGUUGGAGGAGCAUGACGACGAUGUCAGAUCAGUGAGUGCAGCAACGCUCUUGCCUAUGGCGAAGGAGUUUGUGACUAUGCGGCCCGGUUCUAUUGACGGUCUCAUCAACAUCAUGUGGGGAAGUCUUGCCGAUCUUGGCGACGACCUAAGUGCCAGUACCGGAAAGAUUAUGGACCUUCUUGCGACACUAUGCAGCUAUCCUGAGGUGCUACGGGCCAUGGAAACGUCUGCUGCGCAGGAUGAAGAACGUUCUUUUACUCUUUUGGUACCGCGACUCUACCCGUUCCUCCGUCACACCAUUACUUCCGUUCGUCUGGCAGUCUUGAAGGCCCUCAUGACAUUUGCAAACCUUGGCGCCGAAAACUCUCGCGGAUGGUUGAAUGGCAGGAUCCUACGUCUCAUCUUUCAGAAUAUCCUCGUCGAAAGGGACAGAGAAACACUUGCCAUGUCCCUGGAAGUCUGGACGGCCCUCGUCCGUUCACUCUCAAAGACACCGGAGGCUUUGGCUGAUGAGUUUGCUCCUCACGUCGAUCCUCUAAUGAGGCUUACCCUGCACCCGAUCGGUGUCUCACGCCAUCCCAUACCCAUGCCUGCACACCUUUUCCAGAGGCCGUCAGGUGGCACUUACACGGCAGUCACCGCGACACCUGCACGCAAAGCAUCUUCUCCUGAAGGACCCGAGAGAGCUACGAAACGUCGUAGGAAAUCUGCCAAAACAGAUGACGCACCUGUCGUAUCACAUACACACGACGUUGACGGCCACAUGAUCCAAGGAGAUGUCGACCUGGUGGGCAUGGACACUCUCAUCCGAUCGAGAGUGUCGGCUGCUAAGGCGAUGGGAAUGAUUAUGUCCUUUAUCCCAACUCCCAGCAUGCCUGAAUAUGACCAGCUCCUUCUUGCCGGUCUUGUCGACAGGUCCUCGUCCACACAGCUCGCGGCCUGUAUGGUUAUUGACGAAUAUGCCAAAAACUGCGAGGCAACAGAAGGUCCCCAGAGAUACGUGGCCCCCUUGCAAAAGAUUAUCGAGGUUGACCGACCUCCUCACUAUGGCGACUUGGUCAGCUACAUGCAUCGUGUGCGGUCUCAAUGCCAGCAACUCCUGAACAUGUUCCGCGAUCACGGUAAGGUGUCAAGUGGAAGACUCCCUACUCUUGCUGUUCUGGUCCAGGGCGACGAACAGGCUGGCCCUGGCGCUUUCUCCAUCGCCGUUGCAGACAAGGUCAUUGGUGAAGAUUUCGACAAACUUAAGAAGGCAAUGUCACCAGGACAGCGCUUGGUGGCCAGCCAGAUGCUUGGAGAAGCCAGAGAUGUGGCUGCUUCCGCUAUUUCCGACGCCAAGACCGCCAAGGAUGCCCGAGAUGUGCGUAUCAAGGCGGCUGCGGCCUGCGCUCUGGUUGCUAUCAAGGUCCUGCCCAAGAAGCCUAGUCCCCUCAUUAAGGGUAUCAUGGACAGCAUCAAAACGGAGGAAAACCAGGAACUGCAAAGCCGUUCCUCAGCAACCAUUGCCAGGCUUGUUCAGUUGUUCAACGAGAUGGGCAGACGUGGACCUGCCGACAAGGUCGUUUCUAACCUUAUCAAGUUCUCUUGUGUUGAGGUGGCCGAAACCCCCGAAUUUCCAGUUCACGCAACCAAGACGGACUGUGUCCUUUCCAUGCAAAAGGAGGAAGACAGAGUCGACCACGCAGAUGCUGCUAAAUGGGCAAAGGAAGUCAAGGCAGCACGCAUCACGAGACGUGGUGCAAAAGAGGCGCUCGAAAUUCUGUCCCGAACUUAUGGUGCUGAGCUUCUCAACGCUGUUCCGACGGUCAGAGUCUUCAUGGAGGAACCUCUUGUCAAGGCAUUCACUGGUGCAUUGCCAGCUGAAGCAAGGGACCCCGAAAACACCUUUGGGCAAGAAAUCGUUGAUGCCUUGUCCCUUAUUCGCACACUCAUGCCAACCCUCGACAAAGCCAUCCAUCCUUUCAUCAUGGAGAAGGUGCCGUUGGUUAUCAAGGCCUUACACUCUGAGCUGUCUGUCUUCCGUUAUAUGGCAGCGAAGUGCAUGGCCACGAUCUGCAGUGUCAUCACAGUUGAGGGAAUGACGGCGCUGGUGGAGAAGGUCUUGCCAUCCAUCAGCAACCCUGUCGAUCUCAACUUCCGACAGGGUGCUAUUGAGGCAAUCUAUCACUUGAUUGCUGUUAUGGGCGAUUCUAUUUUGCCCUAUGUCAUUUUCCUCAUUGUUCCCGUUCUUGGUCGCAUGAGUGACUCUGACAAUGAGAUUCGCCUGAUUGCAACAACAUCCUUUGCCACCUUGGUUAAGCUGGUACCGCUGGAGGCUGGCAUUCCUGAUCCUCCAGGUUUGUCCGAAGAGCUGCUAAAGGGCAGAGACCGGGAAAGAACCUUCAUUUCUCAACUUCUUGACCCCAAGAAGGUAGAAAGCUUCCAGAUUCCUGUUGCAAUCAAGGCCGAACUUCGUUCAUACCAACAAGAAGGUGUGAACUGGUUGCACUUCCUGAACAAAUACCACUUGCAUGGAAUCCUUUGUGACGACAUGGGUCUUGGAAAGACCUUGCAGACGAUUUGCAUGGUUGCCAGCGACCAUCACCAACGUGCCGAGGAAUUUGCAAAGACCGGUGCACCUGAUGUUCGACGCCUGCCAUCUUUGGUGGUCUGCCCGCCUACCUUGUCUGGCCACUGGCAGCAAGAGAUCAAGACUUACGCUCCGUUCCUCAGCGUGACGGCCUACGUCGGCCCACCUGCCGAGCGAAAAUCAAUGAAGGACAACCUGGACAAGACUGACAUCGUCAUCACUAGUUACGACGUAUGCCGUAACGACGCAGAUGUGCUUGCAAAAUACAACUGGAAUUACGUUAUCCUUGAUGAGGGUCACUUGAUCAAGAACCCCAAGGCAAAGAUCACAAUUGCCGUCAAGAAACUGGCAAGCAAUCACCGUUUGAUCUUGACAGGUACACCUAUCCAAAACAACGUCCUUGAACUUUGGUCACUGUUCGACUUCUUGAUGCCAGGAUUUCUUGGUGCCGAAAAGGUGUUCCUUGACCGGUUUGCCAAGCCCAUUGCUGCUAGUCGCUUUAGCAAAGCCUCUUCUAAAGAACAGGAAGCCGGAGCGUUGGCUAUUGAAGCUCUCCACAAACAAGUCCUUCCUUUCCUCCUCCGGCGUCUCAAGGAGGAGGUGCUGGAUGAUCUACCGCCAAAGAUCUUGCAGAACUACUACUGUGACCUGAGCGACCUUCAGAAGAAGCUGUUUGAUGACUUCUCCAGGAAGCAGGGCAAGAAGAUCCAAGAAGAGGCUGGCCGUGAAGACAAGGAAGCCAAGUCCCACAUUUUCCAGGCUCUGCAGUACAUGCGCAAGCUCUGCAACUCGCCUGCUAUGGUCAUGAAGCCCGGUCACAACAUGUACGAUGAGACUCAGCGUAUCCUUAACAAGCAAGGAACGAGCCUCGAGGACCCGGUUCACGCACCCAAGCUAACCGCCUUGAGAGAUCUGCUGGUUGACUGCGGUAUUGGUGUGGAAGAGGCUGAAUCCAAUGAUCCGCUCUACCAGCCGAUCAAGCCUCAUCGCGCUCUGGUCUUUUGUCAAAUGAAGGAGAUGCUGGAUAUGGUCCAGAACACUGUUCUGAAGAGUAUGCUGCCGGGUGUUUCUUACUUGCGCUUGGAUGGUGGUGUCGAAGCCAACAAGAGACAAGACAUCGUCAACAAGUUCAAUAGCGAUCCCUCGUAUGAUGUCUUGCUUUUGACUACCAGCGUCGGAGGUCUGGGUCUCAACCUUACCGGUGCCGAUACCGUCAUUUUUGUCGAGCAUGACUGGAACCCACAGAAGGACAUGCAAGCCAUGGAUCGCGCCCAUCGUAUCGGUCAGAAGAAGGUCGUUAACGUUUAUCGCCUCAUCACCAGAGGCACACUUGAAGAGAAGAUUCUCAGCCUCCAGCGCUUCAAGAUUGAUGUCGCUUCAACAGUCGUGAAUCAGCAGAAUGCUGGCUUAUCUACGAUGGAUACAGAUCAAAUUCUCGACCUGUUUAAUCUGGGAGACACAGGACCCAGUCUCAUAUCAGACAAACCGAAUAACACAAUGGAAGGCAGAGAAGAGGACAUGGUCGACAUCGAAACGGGCGAUGUUGUUACGAGCAAGCAACCCGGCAAGAAGGCUUGGCUCGAUGAUUUGGGCGACUUAUGGGAUAAUAGCCAGUACGAGGAGAGCUUUGACCUGGAUGGUUUCCUGAAAACCAUGCAAUAA